GGGCGAACACAAAAGCGAAGAUCGCGCAAGGUGAAGAGUGACCACAAACGGCUGCUUGGCUUUUCUUUCUUUGCGUAUGCGGGAUGGGUCCUGCGAACGAGUCGGCCCACCUCCCCGCCAACCAGUCGGACGUGAGCGGCGCUUUGACGCGGCAGGUGCUGCCCUGGCUCUACCUGGCGGCCUUCGCGGCGGGCGCGCCGCUCAACGGCGCCGCCGCUUGGAUCUUCUUCCGGGUGCCCGGCGACCGCGCCCUGGCGGUGUACCUGAAGAACAUGGUGGCGGCCGACCUCCUGAUGCUGGCCACCUUCCCCUUCCGGGCGGCGGCGCAGAUGGGACCGGGCGGCCGGCGGCUGCGGGCGCUGACGUGCCGCUACACCUCGGCGCUCUUCUACCUGUCCAUGUACGCGGGCAUCGUCUUCACGGGCCUCAUCGGCCUGGAGCGCUACGUCAAGAUGGCGCGUCCCCCCGGCCGGGCGUGGGGCCGCGUCCUGCGCGGCGCGGGCGCGGCCCGGGUCCUGGCGUCGCUGGGCUGGGGCCUCCUCGCCCUGUGCGCGCUGCCCAACGCCGCGCUGGCCGGCCGGCCGGCCGAGCGGGACGCGGCUCGCCUCUGCGCGGGCCCGAGAAGCCCGCUGGGGGUGCGCUGGCAGCGGGCGUCCACCUUCUUCAGCGUGGGCCUCUUCUGGCUCACCGCGCUGCUUCUGGCUUUCUGCUACUCCUCCAUCGCCCGCCGCAUCUACCGCUCGUACCGCCGGGUCGGCCGCGGCGGCGGCGAGGACGUGCGGCGCAAGUCCAGCCGCAGCAUCUUCUGCCUCCUGGCCGUCUUCCUGGUCUGCUUCGCGCCCUACCACGUGUGCCGCGUGGCCGACGCCCUCAGCCAGACGCCCGGGUCGGCUUCGGGCCGGGAGCGGCGCUUCCUGCUCUUCCAGGCCAAGGAGGCGGCUCUCUUCCUGUCCGCCGUCAACGUCUGCCUGGAUCCCGUCGUCUACUUCCUCAUGUGCCGGAGGUUCAGAGAGUCUUUGCUGGAGAAGCUCGCGGCGGGGGGACGGGACCGUCUCUCUCGCCGCCGCGCCCGCUCUCGGCGACAUUUAGAAGCGGCCGCGCUCCAGGGGAACCCGACACGGGCGGCCGGCGGCGAAGCGGGAGAGGACCCCAAGAGAUGAGGACGAUUGAGAGAGAGCAAGCGAUGGAGACGAGGGAAGGUGAGAAGAGAGAAGCCACCACUUGAAAGCUUUUGCAUGGUUGGUUUAGCUGUAGUUCGUGCGGAUUUUGUGGCGAAUCUUACAUAGUAAAUAUGAAUGGAUGUUUGGUCAAAAAAGUAACGCAGGAAUACAACUCUGAACAGUCAUGCCACCAAGUAGAAUGAUGAGUAGACAUGAAGCGGACCUUGUAUGAUGGAGAUCUGCAAGAAAUAUUGUUGAACAU